ACAAUAAGAAUCUAGUACACUAGUGGGAGUGGCUUUAAGAGAUUAUAAAACACAAACCUCUUCAAGUCCUGCAGUCAUGCGACUUCACAAAGUAUAUCAUCGCUUUUCACUCUUAUCAUCUCUCCCAUCUUCAGCUCUCUCUUUGCAUCAUUCUCUCUCUGCUUACAAAAAGCACAUUUCUUUACCAAUUCGAUCUCUUUCUUUUCACCACUCUCACAAUAAUUCUCUAAAACCCAUUACUGAUACUCAUUUUCUUGGAAAACCCACCAAGAAGAUGUCAACCCAGUCUGAUUUUUGUGCUCUUGCUGCUGAAAACGUGGGUCCAAAUGGUUCUGCUACUUCACCCCCAACUCAGGCAUACGAAGAUGAUGAUGCUUUGGAAGGCGGAUAUCGGCUACCUCCUCAAGAAAUUAGAGAUAUAGUUGAUGCACCACCUCUUCCUGCACUAUCAUUUUCUCCUAAGCGUGAUAAGAUACUAUUUCUCAAGCGGAGGUCUUUGCCUCCUCUAUCGGACUUGGCAAGACCAGAAGAAAAGCUUGCUGGCGUACGAAUUGAUGCUAAAUGUAAUUCGCGGAGUAGGAUGUCAUUUUACACUGGGAUUGGGAUCCAUGACUUGCUUGCUGAUGAUACACUAGGACCAGAGAAGGAGAUUCAUGGCUUUCCAGAUGGUUCUAAAAUAAACUUUGUUACCUGGUCGCCAGAUGCCCGUUACUUAUCAUUCUGCAUUCGAACUGGUGAGGAUGAUGAUGUUGGCAGUAAGCUCAGAGUUUGGUUUGCUGAUGUGGAAACAGGAAAAGCUAGACCUUUGUUUCAGUCUCCAGAUAUAUGUCUAAAUGCAGUUUUCGACAAUUUUGUAUGGGUGGAUGAUUCUACUCUCUUGGUUUGCACCAUCCCUUUAUCACGUGGCAAUCCACCAAAGAAACCUUUGGUACCUUUCGGCCCUAAGAUUCAAGCUAAUGAGCAGAGAAGUGUUGUUCAAGUUAGAACCUACCAAGAUCUGCUCAAAGAUGAGUAUGAUGAAGAUUUGUUUGAUUAUUAUGCUACGUCACAACUUGUUUUGGCUUCCCUAGAUGGUGCAGUGAAGGAAGUUGGUUCACCAGCUCUAUAUACAUCAUUAGAUCCCUCUCCAGACAGGAAAUACAUUUUAAUUUCAUCAUUUCACAGACCUUAUUCUUACAUUGUUCCAUGCGGAAGAUUUCCUAAGAAGGUUGAUUUGUGGACAGCUGACGGUAAAUUUGUUAGAGAAAUUUGUGAUCUUCCUCUUGCCGAGGACAUUCCUAUUACAACCAGUAGUGUCCGCAAAGGAAUGCGCUCACUUAAUUGGAGAGCAGAUAAGCCUUCAACACUCUAUUGGGUGGAAACACAAGAUGGCGGCGAUGCUAAAGUGGAAGUGUCUCCUCGUGAUAUAAUCUAUUCAGAACCUGCUGAGCCCCUUCAAGGUGAAAAGCCAUCGAUUAUGCACAAACUUGAUCUUCGCUAUGGAGGGAUCUCUUGGUGUGAUGAUUCACUCGCUCUAGUUUAUGAAUCAUGGUACAAAACUCGGCAAAUAAGAACUUGGGUUCUGUCUCCUGGAAAUGAUGAUACGAGUCCACGCAUACUGUUCGAUAGGUCUUCAGAGGAUGUGUAUUCUGAUCCAGGAUCUCCUAUGUUCCGGAGAACACGCGUUGGGACUUAUGUGAUUGCAAAACUAAAGAAGGAAGGUGAUGAUGGCACAUACGUUUUGCUUAAUGGAAAUGGUGCGACACCAGAAGGAAACAUCCCGUUCCUGGACUUGUUCAACAUAAAUACAGGAAGCAAACAACGAAUAUGGGAGAGCACAAAAGAAAAAUAUUAUGAGACUGUUGUUGCAUUAAUGUCUGAUCAAGAUGAAGGGGAUAUUAACUUAAACAAGUUAAAGAUACUGACUUCUAAAGAAUCUAAAACAGAAAACACCCAAUAUUACUUACAGAGAUGGCCAGAAAAGAAGCCGAUUCAAAUUACAAAUUUCCCCCAUCCAUACCCUCAGUUAGCAUCGCUGCAGAAAGAGAUGAUUAGGUACCAGAGGAAGGAUGGAGUGCAACUUACUGCGACCUUGUACCUUCCACCCGGAUAUGAUCCUGCAAGAGAUGGACCUCUUCCAUGUCUUGUAUGGUCAUACCCUGGCGAAUUUAAAAGCAAAGAGGCUGCAAGCCAAGUUCGUGGUUCUCCUAAUGAGUUUUCUGGCAUAGGUUCAACAUCGGCCCUGCUUUGGCUUGCAAGAGGGUUUGCCAUUUUGUCUGGACCAACAAUCCCUAUCAUUGGCGAGGGUAAAGAAGAGGCAAACGAUAAGUACGUGGAGCAGCUAGUUGCAAGUGCUGAGGCUGCGGUGGAAGAAGUUAUACGCCGUGGGGUGGCUCAUCCAAACAAAAUUGCUGUUGGAGGUCAUUCCUAUGGUGCAUUUAUGACUGCAAACCUCCUGGCACAUGCCCCUCAUCUUUUCUGUUGUGGAAUUGCUCGCUCUGGAGCCUAUAACAGAACACUUACUCCUUUUGGGUUUCAGAAUGAGGAUAGGACACUUUGGGAAGCCACUUCAGUUUAUGUCGAAAUGAGCCCAUUCAUGUCGGCUAACAAGAUAAAGAAGCCUAUCCUACUUAUCCAUGGAGAAGAAGACAAUAAUUCAGGAACUCUAACUAUGCAGUCAGAUCGUUUCUUCACUGCUCUAAAAGGUCAUGGGGCACUCUGCCGCUUGGUGAUUCUACCUUUUGAAAGCCAUGGUUAUGCAGCACGAGAGAGCAUUAUGCAUGUCCUCUGGGAGUCUGAUAGAUGGCUUCAGAAAUAUUGUGUUUUAAACACUUCUGAUGCAAAUGUAGAUUCUGAUUUAAGUAAAGAUGCAGGCAAAGAAUCCACAGAUUCGGAGAACAAAGCAGUUGCUGCUGGUGGAGGAGUGCAGGAGCUUGAACUUCUUGAAUUUGAUACAUUUCAGUUGAUCAGAAGAUCAUCACUAUGAUUUACGGUGACUUGGAGCAAAGCUGCAUCUGUAGAGUGUAGUGCAUCGUCAUAUGGGUUCAGGAAAGAGUAUCAUGACCGUACAAAAUUUUCCCGAUGAUCAUCCUCAGGCAUGAAAUCUAAAAUAAGGCAAAUAUCUCCAAGACCAUUUCUUUGCUAUGUUCGGUAAUAAAACUAAAGGGAAAGAAAGUAUACAAAUAGACAUUUGAUACAAGAGCCUGACCAUAUCUGCCAGGCUUUUACAUCACAAAAACGUUUUCUCUUACAAGAUUUGUAACAUCUGAUGAUGGAUAUUGUUUCUUUCACAUACAUGAAUUUAAAGAUGGUCAUAUCUUAGUUGGGCAA